CCUAACGAGAACGUAGUUAUGGGAAUGACACCAUUAAAACAGUAGCAGUGUAAUAUUUUUGUGUAUUUUGAGGCGGAAGUGAUAAAAUGAAGGUUUCCUGCUUUUAUAAAAGAAAUCUUGUUUAAUCUAAAUCCUUCACUUUCAAAUCAGUGCAGCUUUUUUGUUAACCACGAGUUGAUCAGUCUUGUGGUUAAAAUCAUUAAUUUGCCGGUUUUGCAGAUUAAAAAAAAUUAUAAAAUGUUUAUAUUCCAGUGUUGACGUCUUUCAAUCGCAUUAAAUCUCAAUUUACUUAUCAAAUUGUCAUCCUGUGCACGCGGCCAUUUUGAAUGAAUGAAAUCGUAGAGGGGAAUGUUAUUCAUAAAAUGUAAUGUGUGUUUUAUACCUCUAGUGAAUGUGUGCACACAGAAGUAAAUAAAUCAGUGCCUUACACAAAUUAAAUAUUUUGUGCUGAUACAUUGACUUACAUGUGACUUAAAAACUAAAAACUACUUGACAAGAAAAAUUCAAGGCUAAUGAAUCAAGAUGGGCGAAGAAAAUAAUGUGAAGAAAAACACUAUUUCAAAUGGUGUCAAGAUAUCAGUGGUGGAUAUAGCUAAAACGGUCCCAGAUGGGCCUCCGAAAAAGUACCAGAUGAAUUAUCCCAAAAAAGAUAAAGGGGCCAUUCCACAACCCUACUUGACGAUGUUCGCAUCGGAACUCUUAGGCACUGCCCUUCUUAUGUUUCUGGGGUGCAUGGGGUGUAUCAAAAACUUCGAUGAACCAACACCAACACAUCAUUAUGGUGGACUCACUUUCGGUCUCACUGUCAUGCUUAUUAUCCAGAGUUUGGGUCACAUUUCUGGGGCUCACUUGAACCCAGCAGUGACUCUAGCGACCGUUUUUUUCGGAAUGGUCAAACCUCUAAUGGCUGUGGUUUAUGUAAUUGCGCAAUUUGUGGGAGCCACUCUAGGCUAUGGUUUACUUAAAGUUCUAGUAUCAGAUAAAUAUGCCAAUGAGGGAUUUUGUAUGACUACACUAGACCCUCAUAUAUCAGUACUACAGGGUCUAGGGAUCGAAAUUGUGAUAACUACAGUCUUAAUUUUAAUUUGUUGUGGCGUUUGGGACAAACGAAAUGAGACAAAAACCGAUUCGGUGCCUUUAAGGUUUGGUUUUGCCAUCGCAGCGAUUUCUAUGGCAGCUGGUCCUUUGACUGGGGCUAGUAUGAAUACAGCAAGGUCUUUUGCUCCUCUAGUGUUUGGGGGAAGUUGGGCCGAUCAAUGGAUAUUUUGGGUUGGUCCAAAUGUAGCUGCUGUAAUUGGAUGUGCUCUCUACAAAUUUUUAUUCAGUGAAUCUGAUGAUGGAAAUAAAAGGGAAAGUAUUUUUCUAGAUGAUGUUUCACCUCAGUCCGCAGAUAAAGUUUAAUGGGUCCUCUAUUUUUGAUACUCUCUUUGGGAUCAGUUUUAAUGAUCAAAUAACUCAAAAUUUUCAUAUAGUUAAUAUAUUAUGUAAAUAAAUAUGAACAACUUUGGAAACUUUGUUAUUUAUGGAAAAUAUAAUUUAUUAUGAAAUUUUA